AUGUACUUUGAUGCGCCAAAAGCUCCAUGCGCACUCGCCACAAAGCAGGAUCAACUUCCCACCACGAUAUACCCAGAGAAGGGGCUGAAGCAGUACUUAUACCACCCGUCUGGGGCGCCUAGUGCUUUGGACUUGAACCUCCCAUUCCCCCGAACAAAUCUCCUCGCCAGAGGCGCCAUGUACGACGACCAUCCGUUCUCCCAAUGGUUGCAGCCUUCUUCCAUCGGCGCUACCUCCCCUAUUUCCCCGGCGUCGUCGUCCGGGUCAUCUUCUGCCUCACGCGCAUCGACAACGCCCCAGCCUUCCAUCUACGGAGCCCUUCCUUAUCCCACACAAAAUCCGCGACCGGCCUUCAUGACAUUCCGCUUCACGCCCCUCGAAGCCAGCAUAUCUGACGGCGGGCUUCUGAACGCCAGCGUCACCGGCCCGCCUAACGCGAAAACCUACUUCCGGAUACGCACGGAUGCCCCUGCCGUGGGGUUCACCGUUGUCGCCCAAGCAGGGUCCAAUGCGCCAGUGGCGGUAAUUCAAUGGUCCGGCGCCGACAUGAUGGCGACACCAAUGGUAGAGGUCAAGGGGAUAGUGUCAAAAAGGUCGACAAGCGAGUGGCUAGCUUUGUCGUCGGAAAAAAGCUACCGUACAAUGGUGGCCCGAGAUAAACCAUUUGUUUGGCUGCCUGAGGGGACCCAUAUCUCGCUUUACACUUCAGGCCUCCGGCAGCCGCGAAUGUUUGGCCGCAUAUCUUCAGAAGUCGAAACCGGCGCAUUGCUACUCGAAAUCUCAGCAGAGGCCAUCCAAAUCGGGCUGCUCGAAGUCUGCGUCGUUGCAGCCAUCCUUCUCCAGUCUGGCCGACGAAUUGACGGACCAUAA